AUGGCAACUCCGUCUUCCACUCCCGCUCACCCUGCACAAGUCGUCGACCCGCCUCCUCGUGAUGCGUUGUACCCCUCCAGCCCGCUCACGGUGUUCCCACCACCAGCGCCCGUCAUUCGCCAACCCCUCCGGGAACGCUGUGGGGUGAGCCUCACGCUGCACAUCGAUAACCCCGCCCUCGCCUUCAAGUCGUCGAAGGUUCCCGGGCCGUGGUCACCGAAGGGCCACCUGCAGCCUCACCGCAACCACCUCCCGCGCCGCCGGAAUCCGAAGACCUGCUUCGCGAACUUCCACGACAAGCAACCCGCUGCCGCGGCGCCCGAGCCCCGCAAGCCUGCCACCGCGCAGCCCCUCCCCUACCACACCCCGGCGUACGCGUUCGACCCACCCAAGUCGGGUGAGCCCCGUCUCCAGGCGAUAAUCCCCGCGCUCUGGGUCGCCUUCGCUCAGGAGGACCGGUCAUACGAGAAGGGGUUCUCUCACGUCGUCGAGAUCGCCUACGCCGCCACCGCCACCAUCGAACGCAGCUGGGUCGGCAGCGUGCAGCGCCUGCACCUCACCCUCCCCGAGUCCACGCGCAAACCCAAGGGAAGGGCCGCACUCGCGCUCACCGACGCGCAGCUCCGCGGCGCGCGCGACUUCAUCGCGGAGUGCAUGCCGCAGAGCAUCGCGGCGAUGCCCGAGCAGAGCGCGAUCCGCGUGCUCGUCGUCACCCCGCACGGACGCCCCACGGACGCGAUGGCGCUCGUCGGCUGCUACCUGUCAUUCGUCGCGGACCAGGGCACGGAGGCGAUCCUGCGCUGCAUCGACGAGGAGGAGACCGUGUUGAGCGUGUGGAAGGGCGAGGUGUCGGGGGACGAGAUCGAGCGGGUCGAGAAGAUCGCACGGUCGUGGUCGUGGCUCUCCGCCAUCGUGCCUGCAGCCAAGCGGUAG